GAAGCCGCCGGGCGCUCGCUCGGCCGAGCCAUGGCGCCGCCGCAGCCGCCGCCGCCCGCGCCGCUCCAGCCCCUGACCAGCUGCGGCCCGUGGGAGAUGCGCGAGCGCCUCGGCACCGGCGGCUUCGGCAACGUGAUCCGCUGGCAGCACAAGGAAACCGGGGAACAGAUUGCUAUCAAACAGUGUCGCCAGGAGCUCAGCCUUCGCAACCGAGAAAGAUGGUGCUUGGAAAUUCAGAUCAUGAAACGUCUGAAUCACCCCAAUGUGGUGGCUGCCCGGGAUGUCCCAGAAGGGAUGCAGAAUCUUUCACGUAAUGACUUGCCACUGCUGGCUAUGGAGUAUUGCCAGGGAGGCGAUCUCAGAAGACAUCUGAACCAACAUGAAAACUGCUGUGGCCUGCGCGAGAAGGCGAUCCUCAUCUUGUUGUCAGACAUUUCCUCCGCUCUCCGAUACCUUCAUGAGAACAGGAUCAUCCACAGAGACUUGAAGCCAGAAAACAUUGUCCUGCAGCAGGAAGAGAGGCUAAUACACAAGAUCAUUGAUCUGGGAUAUGCCAAAGAGCUGGAUCAGGGCAGCCUUUGCACAUCCUUCGUCGGGACGCUGCAGUACCUGGCUCCAGAACUGUUGGAGCAGCAGAAGUAUACGGUGACGGUGGAUUACUGGAGCUUUGGCACAUUGACGUUUGAAUGUAUAACAGGCUUCCGACCUUUUCUGCCCAACUGGCAACCAGUGCAGUGGCAUACGAAAGUCCAACAGAAGAGUGAGCUGGAUAUUGUUGUCUAUGAAGACUUGUCUGGAGAAGUGAAGUUUUCCAGCAAACUGCCCUACCCCAAUAACCUGAACAGUCUUUUGGCUGAUAGGCUGGAGAAAUGGCUGCAGCUUAUGCUCAAAUGGCACCCCCGACAGAGAGGCACGGAUCCCAAAUAUGGCCCUAAUGGCUGCUUCAAAGCUUUGGAUGAUAUCUUGAAUUUAAAACUGGUUCAUAUCUUAAACAUGGUCACGGGCAUUGUACAUGUGUAUGUGCUGGCCGAAGAAGAGACCUUAGAGAGCGUGAAAGCCAAGAUCGAGGCAGAUACCGGCAUCCCAGAGCAGGAGCAGGAGCUGCUGCAGGAAGGGGGAUUGGCGUUAUUUCCCGAAAAACCAGCCAUUCAGUAUCUAGCUGACAUAAAGCUGAAUGAUGCUGCAGCUGCUAACACGGGCCUCUUUUUCCUGUUUGACAAUCGGAAAGUCACCUACGAAUCUCAGAUCUCCCCACGGCCUCAUCCAGAGAGCAUUAACUGGAUCCUUCAGGAUCCAAAGAAGAACCUUUCCUACUUCCAGCUACGCAAAGUAUGGGGUCAGGUCUGGCAUGCAAUCCGAAGUUUGAAUGAGGACUUUAACCAGCUUCAGAAAGGUCAACGUGCAGCCAUGAGGAACCUGUUACGGCACAACAGCACUCUUUCCAAGAUGAAAAACACCAUGGCUUCCCUGUCCCAUCAGCUCAAAGCGAAGCUGGACUUCUUCAAAGCCAGCAUCCAGAUUGAUUUGGAGAAGUACAAUGAGCAAAUUGAAUUUGGGAUCACCUCGGGGAAACUGCUGCUUGCCUGGAAGGAAAUGGCGCAGGCGGUAGAGCUCUGCGGGAGGGAGGAAGAAGUGGAGCAGCUGGUGAAGAAGACGAUGGCCUUGCAGACAGACAUUGUUGAUCUGCAGAGAAUCCCACAGGGCCGGAAGCCAGGGAGCUCCUUGGACGAGCUAGAGGAACAAGCGAGGGACUUGUACCGGGAACUGAGAGAAAAGCCAAGAGAUCAGAGGACUAGCGGACACUGUCAGGAGGUUGUGCGGCUGCUCCUACAAGCAAUCCAGACUUUUGAGAAGAAAGUUCGUGUCCUUUACUUGCAGCUCAGUAACACAGUUGUCUGCAAGCAGAAGGCUCUGGAGCUGUUUCCAAAAAUGGAUGAGGUCAUGACCCUGAUGAACGAAGAUGAGCAAACAGUUGUCCGUCUUCAGGAGAAACGGCAGAAGGAGCUGUGGAACCUGCUGAAAAUUGCCUGUAGCAAGGUACGGGGGCCUGUCAGUAGUAGUCCGGAUGGCAUGAGCACCACACGCCUCAGUAGCCCGGCUCCGCUGUCAGCGCAAGUCACAGCCCCACACACUGGCUUAACAGACGAUGGAAUUAAAAGUGAUGAGCUGCUGUCUGAAUCUCAGAGCCUCUGCAGUCAGCUGGAGAAUGUGAUGCUUGACACGAUGAAGGAUCAAGAGCACAGCUUUAUGGCUUUGGACUGGAGUUGGUUGAAACUUCAAGUGGGAGAGAGAGAGAAUCUAGAGCAAACCCAGAUGUAGAGAAAAAAGGCUUUCGUUAAGCAGCUUAAAAGUUAAUGAAGUUAACUUUGCGGGUGAUCUAGUUAUUACUACAGCUGCUUUCUGGAUGAGAAGCCUCUGGUGUAUUUGACUUAUGAAUUAUCUGUAUAUAAAAUGUGUUUUUCUGUA